AUGUUCGCUUAUACACGUUUGACACUUAAGACCUUUGGACCUUACAACACGGCCGAGUUUGAAUUGGAAAUUCGAAGUUCGCAGGAGUCUCUCUCUCAAAGGCGGGAAAAACAAUGGUACUUAACACUUGAAUCCACCGAUGCUAGCUGGGAGGACUUCAAAGCAGCACAAGACGAGGAUGAAGCAGCUCUAUGCCUGUCUACUAUUCGAGCAUUGCCAGUUCCUGAUCCUGCACCGGCACCAGCACCAAGCAUUGGUCUCGGACACGGGCUGUACGAUCACUACGACCACGGCGGCUUGGGAUUAGGAUUGGGACACUACGGCGGUAUCGGUCACUACGGUGGCUACGGUCUAGGCCUAGGACUAGGAUUGGGCUUGGGCUAUCAUGCGCCAAUCAUCAAGAGCAUUGCCACACCCAUUAUAUCGAAAACGAUUAUUGGAAAGAGUUAUCUUGGCGGCUAUGGCUAUGGAUUGGGUCAUGGAUAUUUGGGAGGCUUAGGUUACGGCGGACUCUACGGUCAUCAUGGUAUUGGCCUAGGCCUGGGCUAUGGUCAUGGCUAUGGCUGGUAG